CAAGUUGAGUUUGAAGCGAAUGGUUUGAAAUGGGACUGUGUUUGUUGGUGGCUAUUGCAAUCGGUAGCCUCUUCUAUUGGCUCUAUCAGAAGAACAAGGACUAUUAUGUUCUCGCUUUCUUUGCACCUCGAGUAAGGACCAAGGAUGGGCGUCCUGUGGAGAGCAUUGCUCCAGUGGUCAAAGGCAAAACAAUCUUUGGCAAUUCCUUUGACAUGUAUGGAAAAAACGAAGCGGAAUACUUUCAGGAGUUGCGCAAUGACGCAAAAAAAUUUGGCAUGAGUUAUUUGAGGUAUUCAUUUGGUAUGCCCAAUUACCUCAUAAUAGAUGCAGAAAAUGCAGAGUCAGUAUUGAACGAUCAAAACUUGAUAUCCAAAGCACCUUCAUAUGACUUUCUGCAUCCAGCACUACGCACUGGACUGCUUACAUCUACAGAUAAGAAAUGGCACAGUCGACGCAAGAUGCUAACGCCUUCAUUUCACUUCAAUAUCUUGGGACAGUUUGAGGAGAUUUUCAAAGCUGAAAGUCUGAAGUUCGUCAAUCAGUUCCAAGGUCAAUACGAAACUGUUAUCUCUCUAAGCGAAUUGAUACCAAGAUUCACACUCAACAGCAUUUGUGAAACUGCGAUGGGCGUCAAGCUGGAUGAUAUGGCCGAGAAGGGAGAUCUUUAUCGACAGAACUUUGCUAUGAUUGAGAAGCGAUUCAUAAAACGUUUGAGCAAUACCAUUUACUGGAACAAAACAAUUUAUGAGUUGUUUAGAGCAAAGGAAGAUGCUCCUGCACUUAAAGUGGUACACGAUUUCUCAAGUGAAAUUAUUGCCAAGCGUCGUCUACUUCUCAAUGAUGAAUUGGAACAUCGUCAAAGUUCACAAGUGGCAGAUGAUGAUAUUUACAUCAACAAGAAACAACGCUUUGCCAUGCUGGACACUCUGAUCUUUGCCGAGAAGGAUGGUCUAAUUGAUCACGAGGGUAUUUGCGAAGAGGUGGAUACCCUAAUGUUCGAGGGCUUCGAUACCACAUCCAUGGGUCUCAUAUUUGGACUGAUGAACAUGUCUCUUUAUGCCGAUAAACAGGAGCUUUGUUUUCAGGAAGUCUCCGAGUUCAUAGAAGAUGACCUCAGCAACCUGGACAUCAAUCAGAUAUCGAAGCUUAAAUAUUUAGAUUGCUUUGUGAAGGAAACGAUGCGUAUGUUCCCAUCGGUGCCGGGUGUAGGUCGUCAAACAGUUAGAGAAACGGAACUGGCCAAUGGCCUAAUUCUUCCUGCCCGUUCUCAGAUCACCAUUCAUGUUUUUGACAUCCAUCGCAAUACCAAAUACUGGGAUUCCCCUGAUGAGUUCCGACCUGAACGUUUCCUACCCGAAAACUCCAAGGAUCGUCAUACAUAUGCUUAUAUACCCUUUAGUGCCGGUCAACGCAAUUGCAUAGGUCAAAAGUAUGCCGUGUUGGAGAUGAAGACUCUACUGAUCGUUGUGCUUAAGCAGUUCAAAAUUCUUCCACUCGAAAAUACCAAAGAUUUCUCCUUUAACGCAGGCCUUACACUACGUACCAAUAACAAUAUUAAAGUAAAGUUUGUAAGACGAAAAAACUUUAUUCAAUAGAUACACAGGUAUAUUCUUUAAAAGUAAAUAAACUUUUCGUAUUAUUUUA